AUGACAUAUUAUAAUAUUAAGGAAAUUGCAGAUAAAUUGCCAACUGAUACGUCCUCCAGAUGCGGUGCGGGGGAGAGUGAUGCAGGUCAUAGUUUACCUAGACUUCCAAAGAUUGAAAUAUUCGAAUUUUCUGGAGAUCUUCGGGACUGGGAAACUUUUUAUUCAAUUUUUAAAAGUUUAAUUCACGAUAAUAAAGCUUUGUUUGAUGUUGAUAAGGUUUAUUAUUUAGUAGGUCGCCUCAAAGGCUCGGCUUUGGUGGUUUGCUCAGGGGUAGCACCAACUGGUGGUAAUUAUUCAAUUAUUUGGAAUGCUCUGGUAGAUAGAUAUCAAGAUAAAAAGUCUUUAGCAAAUAGUUACUUCAAUCAAAUUAUGGAUUUUAAACGUUUACAGGGUGAAUCGUCCAAAAAUCUUGAACUAUUUUUAGAAAAAUUUGAUUCUGCGGUUAAAGCUUUAAAAAAUUUAAAAGUAAAUGAUUUAACUGCUUUAAUUUUAGUACAUGUUGCUUUAAUAAAGCUAGAUCCAGAAACAAUUAAAACUUUUGAUAUGUUAAAGAGAGGUUCAGAUAUACCCAAAUAUGAGGAAUUGAUUACUUUUGUUAAAGAACCGUCUAAGAUAUUAUCUAAUAGGAAGCCAAUUGUUAGUAAGGUUAAUUCUGAUAAUAAAUUUAAAUCCAAGUCAUUUGUGGAUGCCCAGUAUAUAGAAACUAAUUGA